UGCAUGUUAGUUGGAUGAAAUCAUGCGGUGCGUUGUGAUGGGUGAGGAGUCGCCUUGCGAUCUUUGGACAAGAAUUGACUGACGACGGCGAUCCGCCGAGGACGAUCGGAGACCAGCGAUACUUAAUGCGGUUGCUGGUUGUCAGAUUGGCUUAAAUCCAACCGUUCCCUCGACCUACUAACCUUUCAUCCGACGGUCCACCCUUCGCCCUCGUAACUCCGUCAGUAGUGUGGACCAACUGUCCGUCGCUCGCAAGCCUUUUUAAGUAGUGCUGCUGCCCACGGCUUCCUCGGCCUCCGUCCGUAGCACGAGCAAAGGCUUGAGGAGGAGAGAGAAGCCUGACUCCAUGGACUCCGAACUCCACGUCGUCAUGUUCCCUUACCUCGCCUUCGGCCACAUCAGCCCCUUCCUGCAGCUCGCACGCAAGAUCUCGUACUGUGCCGCCAGCGGUGGCGUGCGCGUCACCUUCCUCUCCGCCGCCGCCAACGUCCCCCGGAUCGAGUCCCUUCUCCCCGCCUCCACGUCCAUCUCUGUCGUCCCGCUCUACCUGCCGGCCCUGCCCGGCUUGCCCCCGGGCGUCGAGAGCACGGCCGACCUCCCCCCGACGUCACCAGCGGCCGAGCUCCUCAAGCUGGCCGUGGACGGGACCAGGCCCCAGGUGGAGUCCCUCCUCCGUGAACUCCGCCCACACCUGGCCGUCUUCGACUUCGGCAUGCAGUGGCUGCCGGAGGUCGCGGAGCCGCUCGGCGUCCGGACGCUCUUCUUCUCCGUCUUCGCGGCGGUCUCCACCGCCUACCUAACCGUCCCCGCGCGGCGCCUCCACGGCCCCGCCCCGACCCUCGGUGACAUCAUGUCGCCCCCUCCGGGCUUCCCGUCCGCCGCCUCCUCGAUCCGCUCCGUCCCCGCCUACCAGGCCGCCGACUUCCUCUACAUCUUCAAGAGCUUCGGCGGCGGCGCCUGCGUCUACGAGCGCGUCGUCAAAUGCAUCGAGAGCUGCAGCGCCAUCGUCGCCAAGACGUGCACAGAGAUGGAGGGCUCGUACAUCGACUACGUUGAGCGCCAGUUCGGGAAGCCGAUGCUGCUCGCGGGCCCGGUGGUGCCGGACCCGCCGGAGGGAGAGCUGGAGGCCCGGUGGGCGAAGUGGCUGGGCGGCUUCGCGAAGGGCACCGUCGUCUUCAGCUCCUUCGGCAGCGAGACGUUCCUGACGGACGAGGGCGAGAGGGAACUCCUGUUAGGGCUGGAGAUGACCGGCAUGCCGUUCCUGGUGGUCCUGAACCGCCCCAAGUCCGGCACGAACGGGGAGCAAGAAGAGGUGAGGAAGAGGCUGCCUGAGGGAUUCGAGGAGAGGGUGAAGGGGAGGGGGAUGGUGCACAGCGGGUGGGUGCAGCAGCAGCACAUCCUCCGCCACAAGAGCGUCGGCUGCUUCGUCUGCCACGCCGGGCUGAGCUCGGUGAUGGAGGGGGUGGCGGCCGGCUGCCAGCUCGCGAUGAUGCCGCAGAAGGGCGACCAGUACCUGAACGCAGCGCUGUUCGCCAGGGACCUGGGGAUUGGGGUGGAGGUGGAGAGGAAAGGCGAGGACGGGAGCUUCACGAGGGAGUCGGUGUGCGCGGCGGUGAGGAAGGUGAUGGCGGCUGAGGCGGAGGCGAGGAAGAAGCAUGGCAAGUGGAGGGAGUUCCUGUUGGAGAAGGAGCUGCAAGAUGGGUUCACGGCAAAGCUGGUGGAAAGGUUGAGGGAGUUGGCAAAAGCAUGAUUGGUGACGAAUGCAUCGGUAACGUGGCCGACAAACGCCGAUCUCUACAGCUCAGAAUCGCACUGUCACAUUAAAUAAAACAUCGAGUCUCGGUAACAUUUUCCAUACAAUACAAUGCAUCUUCAGUGA